CCUCCUAAUAAAGGGAAAUAGCUCAGCUUCAAGAUAUUGAAGCAGCACAAUAUCUACAGAGUCACACGUAUCUCCUGCUGAAGAAUAAGUCGUCCAUACCCGAAUUACCCAGCGUUGCCUGACCCUUCGACCACCCGAAAUCAAGUCACCGCCAAGCUGCCCCACCGAAACUGCUCGACAAGUUGCAUCGAGGGAAAGCCAAAGCGAAAGGGGGGCAGGCAUCAUAUCAAUUUCACCGUAUCAAGGUUUUGAAUCCCUGGUUGAACGAAAGCCGGCAGGACAAGGAUAUCUCGGGAGCUUUCAUCGAGACGUUAAUCACAAGAUCAACGUGCCGACCGAUCAAUCCCAGCCAUGGCUCCUCCGGUCCCCAAACCCCUUGUGAUCACAGACGUCCUCCCACUCCCUAACUCAUCGGUGAAAAUACCUCGCCUGGGCUUCGGCGUCUACAAGUCUCCAAAACACUUAUGCGAGAAAUCCUGCAUCACCGCGCUCCAAGUCGGAUACCGCCACAUUGACACUGCUCAAUUCUACGGGAAUGAGGCGGAGGUCGGGAACGCGAUUCGCGACUCUGGGCUGGAUAGGAGAGACAUUUUCGUAACUACAAAGAUAAUAUCAACGGCAGGAUCUCCGGAGGCGACGUAUGAGAAAGUACUGGACAGUGUACGAAAGAUUGGUGGAAACGACGGAUAUGUCGACUUGUUUCUGAUCCAUUCAGCAAGCGCGGGGCCGGCUGGUAGAAAAGAAAUGUGGCUUGCUCUUGAAAGGUUACUGGAAGAAGGAAAAACAAGAAGCAUUGGCGUGAGUAACUAUGGCGUGAAGCACAUCGAGGAAAUGAAGGCCUAUGCGAAAACAUGGCCGCCGCAUGUCAAUCAAAUAGAGCUUCAUCCGUGGUGCCAACAAAAGACCAUCGAUGCCUAUUGCAAACAGCAUGGAAUUGUUGUCCAAGCGUACUCGCCGCUGGUCCGGAACUAUAAAGCCAAUGAACCAACCCUAGUAGCAUUAGCGCAGAAAUAUGGAAAGACCACGGCCCAGAUUCUCUUGAGAUAUGCGUUGCAGAAGGAAUGGGUUCCCCUUCCCAAGAGCGAUAAUCCAGAGAAUAUUAAAAGUAACGCUGAUUUGUAUGACUUUGCGCUCGCCGAGGAGGAUAUGGCAACCCUCAACGGCCUGGACCAGGGUGCGGAUGGCGCAAUUGUUCAAGCCGUUGAAAACAAGUAAAAAGUACAUUCUAUAUUUUGAUUGGUUAUAGACGCUUUAAUCUCUAAUUUUAUGAAAGCUGGAUCUUAGUUUCUGGCCCGGGAAUUCGCCCGCUAUUUUCUCAGUCGUGUCUUUCCAUGAGGUACCAAUUGAUAGAUUGCAGCGUGGUCCGCGACGGGUUAACAUCAUGUUUUGAUGACACUAUCCAUGCCAACCGCUGACGGAUAUAUUGCUUGUUAAUGGGUUUGCCGGAUUGCAAUCGUAUGUAGGACCCUAGUUGGUGAGCCCAGCCCCCUGAGAUGUGAUGGCAGAUGGAGAGAGCACCUACCAUCGUCGUCGAAGAACAGACAGAUUAUCAUAAGAGCUGUUCCAACAGAUAAAUCUUUCCCUGUAUCGCAUACUAUGACCAGAGACUGGGACAAAUCUUCUUCUAGGUUGCGGGAUACGAAUUUCUCAACCUUGUCUAGAACCUUUCGUAAAUUGCGGCUCCCAAGUUUACCUGCGACGCAGCCCAGAUUUAAUAUUGGACCCUGUGACAGGUUGGGGUCGCCAUGACAAUCAAUGAUCAAGUCGAAGGGGAUAUCCGGGACGUUGAGCGAUUCGCUUUUUCCAACAAAGAUGUUUUUGGUUGGUUUGAUCAAUGUUGCCUGCUCAGUUGAAGAAGUUUGACGUUCCUUCUCAACCAAGCCUCCAAUCAAUUCCGGUAGCGUCUCCUCCCUGGAUUUGAGGAGA